GUAUCUCCAUUAAAAGAUGUUUGCCCUUGGAAUACUUAGACACCAUUAUAAAGAUUAAUGAAAAUAGAUAAAGCAACAGAAAAGGAAAAAAGGGUUUUACAAUAAUUUAUAUGUAAUAAAUGGCUAAAGGAAGUCAUAUAAAAAAAGAGCAUACAUGUAGCUAUACCAAAAGUAUCAGAAGAAGAAAAAAGAAUGAGAAUAUAAGAAUUUGAGACUUCAGAACAUCAUAGAUAAUUAAGAAUAUAAUAAUCUUUAACUCCAAAUAUGAGUAAAAUGGAGAAAGUCUUUUGCAAAAUAAAAAUAUUUUGUAAAUUAGCAAGUUAGAGAGAAAUAAAUUUAAAAGAUUAAAUAAGAAUAAAUAAUGAUUAUCGUCGAUUAGUGUUUUUUGUUCAUUUUAGAAAUGAAGAUUACAAGAUAUGUGAUUAAAUGAUAAAUUCUGAUCCUCAUAUAAAAAAUGCAAUUGAUAUGGUAUAAGUUAACUCAAUUUAAGUAAGGUGAUAGACCUUUACAUAUUGCAGUGAGAAGAAAUAAUUUAAGAUAAUUAUCAUAUAUAUUAAAUAAGUAACCUGAUUUGGAAGCAGUUAAUUUUUAUGAAUAAACAGCAUUAAAUUUAGCGAUAUUAUUAAAACAUUAUGAAAUCUAAAAAGUAUUUCUUUAAAUAAAAAUUUGA